GUCUUGCCCACCCAGCCAAGUCUCAAACUCCAAAAGACCUACAAGACGUCUCAACUUGGAUCCCAACACUUACACAAAGAUACCCCUUCUCAUCUGCUACAAUUUCCCCGGAUUCCGACCCCCCGCUUCUUCUCGUUUCUUAUCUUAUCGCAUCUUGGCGGGGCCAUCCUCCAGCACCACCCAGCUACCAAAAAUAGUUGCUCAACAUCACUACCCACCUAGGUCAAGGAUGAGUCGACCCUUGAAAGUCAUAGUCAUUGGUGCUGGUCUCUCUGGCCUUGCUAUUGCUCAGGGUCUGAAAAAGAAUGGAAUCGAAUACGUGGUCGUCGACAAGGAAAGCGAACCACGCGACCGCAAUUGGGGCGUCACAAUUGCCUGGAGUCAUCCUUUUCUUCAAGAACUCCUACCAGAGGAACUGUUCAACCGAUUGGCCGAAUGUCAACCAGAUGAGAAACUGAACACGAAAGGAGCAGGAUGCGAAAGCAUCAUCAUUCGAGACGGAGCUACAGGUGCUACGAUAGCUGAGCCAUCAUUCCCAGGCAUAAGGCGGUUGAACAUUCAGAAGACUAGAAGUUUAUGGUCGAAGGAUGUCAAUGUCAAGUUUGGCAAAACGGUCACCGACGUUGAACUCACCUCUGACGGUGUGACCGCUCACUUCCAAGACGGCACCUCUGAGUCCGGGACAGUCCUCGUCGGUGCCGAUGGUGGAGGGUCCUGGGUUCGUCGUUGGCUUCUUGGAGAUGAGGCCGACGCCACUGUCUUGCCAUAUGUGUUCCUGAAUUUUCCCAUGCGCUUCACCGCAGAGCAAGCUUUGAAAAUGGACAAGAUGAUGAAUCCAUUCGUUGAUGUCGGCGUGCAUCCGAAAGGAAUGUACAUUGGUAUCUUCCUGCUUGACAAGCCUGAUCUCGACAAGCCGGAGUCCUGGAUCUUUUAUUUCCUCGUGACAUGGCCGAAGCAAGAAGACACAGACACCAAUGAUGGCGAGAACACCACCACAGACGACGUGAACAUGGCAGACGAAUUUCGGAAGAGGGCUGACGGCUGGGCUGACCCCUUCAAAUCUGCUGUAGAUUGGAUGCCGAAAGACAUCAAGGCUAAGGCGGUACCGCUCAAGAUCUGGGGACCGAAGUCUGGUUGGGAUAACCGUCAAGGCAGAGUGACGUUGGCAGGAGAUGCGGCGCAUAGCAUGACCUUUCAUCGUGGACAGGGAGCCAACAACGCGAUUCGAGACAGCAAAAUGUUUGUCGACGCCAUGGUCAAGGUCAAGUCAGGGGAGAUGACACUUGGUAAGGCAAUCGCAGGAUAUGACCGGGAUGUGGUCCCGCGAGGGGUCCAGGAGGUGGAAAUCUCGAGGGCGCAGACCGAUGCGUUUCACAACCACGCACGGUUCUUGGAAAGUCCGGUCAUCAAGCAUGGCAUCAGACCGGUCACGGAAUUUAGCAAGACCGAAGAGGCGUAGGGAGUUUGGGCAGAAAUGUCGACAUGGUUACAGUACUCCGUACGGAGGAUUCGGUUGCGGUGCUUGUCCCUGAAAUAUGAGGCGUCGUCUCCUUCUAAAGCCGGUGAGGAAGUCAAUUGAGAUCCGAGUCUGGU